GUUCUCCAGAUGGCUUUCAGGAGACUGAGGCUUCUGUGUUCUGUGGUUUCAGUACACCUCUGGGAGCCUCGCUGGAUGAGCAAAGCGGCAGUACACCGAAGGGUGUGCUUGUGAGAAAUGGAGGAAGUUUUGAAGAUGAUUUGUCAUUGGGAGCUGAAGCUAACCACCUCCAUGAAAGUAAUGCUCAAAUUGAAAACUGCAAUAAUAUCUUGGCCAAAGAGAGAAGACUCCAGUUUCAUCAGAAAGGGAGAAGUAUGAAUUCUACUGGCUCUGGGAAAAGUAGUGGGACAGUCUCAAGUGUUUCAGAAUUGUUGGAACUUUAUGAGGAAGAUCCUGAAGAAAUUCUUUAUAAUCUUGGAUUUGGACGAGAUGAACCCGAUAUUGCUUCUAAAAUUCCUUCCAGAUUUUUUAAUUCAUCGUCAUUUGCCAGAGGAAUAGAUAUUAAAGUAUUUUUGAGUGCUCAAAUGCAGCGUAUGGAAGUAGAGAACCCAAAUUAUGCUUUAACAAGCCGUUUUCGUCAAAUUGAAGUGCUUACUACUGUGGCCAAUGCAUUUUCUUCCUUAUACUCUCAAGUCUCUGGGACUCCCCUGCAGAGAAUUGGAAGUUUGUCCUCAGUGGCCUCUACCAAGGAGACGACCGAUGCGCCUCCACCUUUAACCCGAAGUAACACUGCAAAUCGUUUAAUGAAAACACUAUCAAAACUAAACUUAUGUGUUGAUAAAACAGAGAAAGGAGAAGGUAGUAGUACUUCCCCUGCAACUGAAAAAGGAAAGAUUCUCAAUGUUUCACUAAUGGAAGAAAGCAAUAAAAAUGAUCAAAAGUCUCAAAAGAUUUUAAAGAAGAAGGACUCAUCUUCUGUGUUGGCUACAGUUAAAGAAGAAGUAUCGGGUGGUUCAUCUUCUGCUACAGAGAGUGCUGACCCUGGCAAGCUUUCGGAUGAAGCAAACAGUAAUUUUAUCCAAGAAAGUGAUAGUGAGCAAAGUAAAGAAACUCAAAAUCGUGAGAGUAACCUACAGGAGGAGUCUGGCAUUAUAGAACCUGUUUUAGGUAGUGAUUUCAAUGUGUCCAACCAAGGGGAGCUGGAAAGCAAUAGUGAUCUGAAACACAUCCCUGUGUCCACACCUGAGAAAGAACCUUGUGCACCAUUGACCAUCCCUUCCAUAAGGAAUAUCAUGACCCAACAGAAGGACUCCUUCGAAAUGGAAGAGGUUCAGAGUACAGAGGGAGAAGCUCCUCAUGUUCCAGCCGCUUACCAGCUAGGUCUCACCAAGUCCAAGAGAGAUCAUCUGUUGCGCACUGCAAGUCAGCAUUCUGAUAGCAGUGGUUUUGCUGAAGAUUCUACAGACUGCCUUAAUCAUCUUCAGGUCCAGGAGCCUUUGCAAGCCAUGGGAAGUAGCGCUGAUAGUUGUGACAGUGAGACGACAGUCACGUCGUUUGGUGAAGACCUUGUUACGCCAACAGCACAAGACCAGCCUUAUUUUAAUGAGUCAGAGGAAGAGUUGCCAAGCCCAGCAGCAGAUGCUGACAAAAGAAAGCCGGAUAGCCAGGAUUUCCCUCAGUGCAGGCCUGAGGAGAGUGCAGGACAUGAACCAUCCUCCCAUAGUCCGAGGGAUCAUGUGACUGAAGUCACUGAGGUGGAAGAAGGCUCAUCUUCAGCACAGACAUUGGAGCUGCUGAGGGAAGCAAGUGGUGAAAGUGAUGCGGACAGAAGCAGUGAGUGUGAAUUUCCUCAGUACACCACGCACCAUAUCCUGAAAUCAUUGGCUUUCAUUGAAGCUAAAUGCAGUGAUCUAAGCUCUGAAAAUACAAGUAGGCCUCCCUCUUCUGUGGACAGAGUUACUACAGCUUUGCAGAGAGCACAGAUGAAGGUUUGCAGCCUGUCUAAUCAAAUAGUAGGGCGGAGCCUGAUAAAAUCAAAGGAUCUGUUAAAACAGAGGUACUUACUUGCAAAAGCUGGCUAUCCCCUAAGAAGGUCUCAGUCUUUACCAACCACCUUAUUGAGCCCCGUAAGGGUUGUGUCCUCCGUCAACGUCCGGUUAUCUCCUGGAAAAGAGACCAGGUGCAGCCCACCUUCCUUCACCUAUAAAUACACACCUGAAGAGCAGCAGGAAUUGGAAAAAGGGGCAGCUGCACCUGACAGUCAGUGUUCAGUCAAAUCCACCAUUUUCAUCUCUCCGGCAUCCAUGAAGAAGGAUGAAGAGACAUCCCCGAGUGAGGUGGCCCAGUUGGAGGAAUGCCGUCGUGGAAGGACUCCUGUCUGUUCCCACCUUGCUCCACCGCCGAUAUCUCAGUCCACCUGCUCUCUUCACACUCUUCAGGAGUGGCAGGACAGGCCCCUGUGCGAGCACAUGAGAACUCUGAGUACCCACAGUGUCCCCAACAUCCCGGGGGCCGCCUGCUCUGCCUUCACAUCCCCUCUCGGGUGUCCCUUCUCACACAGACAUGCUGCCUACCCAUACCGAGUGUACUCUGGGAACCCUCCUUCUGCCAUAGAAAUGCAGUUGCGAAGAGUGUUGCAUCAUAUUAGAAACUCGUUACAGAAUCUUUCACAGUCCCCUGUGAUGAGAGGACCUGACCUCGCUGCUGCUCCGUACAGUACUCAGAAAUCAUCUGUUCUACCUCUUUACGAAAAUACUUUUCAGGAGCUUCAAGUAAUGAGGCGGAGCCUGAAUUUGUUUAGAACACAAAUGAUGGAUUUAGAAUUGGCGAUGCUGCGUGAGCAAACAUUGGUUUAUCAACACAUGACUGAGGAGGAAAGAUAUGAAGUUGAUCAGCUGCAGAGUCUAAGAAACUCGGUCCGAAUGGAGCUGCAGGACCUGGAGCUGCAGCUGGAAGAGCGCCUGCUGGGCCUGGAUGAGCAGCUGCAGGCGGUGCGGGUGCCUUCGCCCUUCAGUUCCUCUUUGCUGGGAAUGUGCGGCAGUAGAAGCACUGAUAACCUGUCCUGCCCUUCACUGAAUGUCAUGGAGCCGGUGACUGAACUGAUGCGGGAACAAUCCUACCUGAAGUCUGAAUUGGGUCUGGGACUUGGAGAAGUGGGAUUUGAAAUUCCCCCUGGAGAAAGUUCAGAGUCCGUUUUCUCCCAAGCCACGUCAGAGUCGUCUUCUGUGUGUUCUAGUCCCUCCCAUCGCAUCAGCAGAAGGACUGCAGUGCCUCCUGGUGACGCCAGGGGCAAACGCAAAGCCCAGUCAAUGGCCAGAAAGAAAGUGUACCGAGCUUCAGUGGCCCUGACGCCUACUGCUCCUUCCAGAAUAGGCUCUCUGCAGACACCGCCAGAACUGGAAAGUUCUGAGGAAGUUGGCACAGCUGAAGAAGGUGCACGGGUUGUAGGACCUCACUCUGACAUGGAAGAAGAAUGUGGAAAACUGUCAGCAAUUCCAGCUGCUGAGGAAAUGCAGAGAAAUGUGGAGCAGGAUGAGUUGCAGCAGGUCAUACGAGAGAUUAAAGAGUCUAUUGUUGGUGAAAUCAGACGUGAAAUUGUAAGUGGACUUUUGGCAGCAGUAUCUUCAAAUAAAGCAUCAAGUUCUAAGCAAGAUAGUCAUUAAAUGGAAUCUAUAGAUUGGCCUGGAUCCUGCUAGCUGAUUAACUUUGGAGUUAUUAGUGAUAUACACUGGUGGGGUGAUCUGUUCUUCACAAGCUACUUACGGCAGAGUUGGGCUGCUAUAUACAGUGUACAAUGUGUAAUUUUUCUAUACCUAUCUUUUUAAAAAACAUAUAUAGAAACUUAGGCACUUUGCUGUUUCUUUUCUUGACUACCAAAUCUGUAGUGAUUUUAAAAGCCCAGUAUUUAUUCAUUUGUCAAUAUUUUUCCAAUUGAUUUUCUAUGUAGAAUUAAUUAUAAAACUUGAAGAUUUCUAGACAUAACCAAUUUAGAAAUAACAUAUUACUUCAAACUAGCUUCUGGCAACACUGACCUCUAUGAGGUAUUUACUGUGCAAUAACUGAUUCAUUUUUGAGAGCUUGAAGCAACCAAUGAUUUUCCUUCCACUGCUGUUAAUUAGUGUCACUUCCAAGAAGAUAAACUGUUGUGUUGUAAAAAUUGCUCAUAAUUCUUGAGGAAGCUACUAAUAGCAGUAGUAUAGAAUUACAUGAGGUUACCUACAACUACUUAAUGUUCUUACACUGUAAGCCCUGUUGCUUUAUUCAAAACAAAUGUAAUUUUAUUACAGCUUACUUAGUAUUUUUCUUUUGAAGAAGGGGCCUUAUGUUAAACACUAUAUACUUUUUGCGUUGCCCUGUCUUCUUAUUUUAAGGAGAUAUUUCUUCUGUCUUGUAGACUAAAUAGUAGAACAUUGUCAAAAUAAUGGGGUCUGUGACUUGAAUGGAUAGAAAUGAAUAAGCUUGUUUUGUGUUUUUCAAAGUGGAAGUAAUUUAGAUUUGUUCUCCUUAUACAUAAAUGAUUUUAAUUCAGUUUUAACCAGUGAAAAUUGUGGUUAUUUUAUGAAAGAGAGAGUAAAUGGUUUCCUCUUUGGUUUUAUAUGUGCUGAAUAAAUGUGUAAAGUAACAACAACAUCAUGUUGGAAUUUUUCUUUAAGCGUUUAUAAUUUUAAAUUUCUUUUAUGUUUCUUUGUGUGUGAAAUUUUAAUCAAAAGUGGUUGAGAUGUUAACAC